AUGCCCAAAAAACCCUGGCCUCACGACUCUCCCCCACCACCAUCCAACCCCCCCAUGACCCUCCAAUCCCCUGAAUACUCUCACCUCCCCGAAGUCUCCUCCGCCUGGACGGGCGUGCAAGCGCCCGAACCACUAUCACGCCCUCCACACCAUCCCCAUAACAAUAUCCACCACAACACCGGCUCCCCAAAGGAGAUCUACACCACUGGUGUCGCUGCCCUUCCACCGGGAGCCGGGGAAGGGGGACGGCAGACGGGUUUGCCGUGGUUGCCGCCGGGGUAUAAUGCUGCUGUGCUUGCUGCGCAGCAGCAGGCUGCUGCAGACGGUGGUGCUGGGGGGGAUAUCCCAGACAAUGGAAGUGAGAAGGGGUCACGAAGGAGCGGGAGUAGUAACAACAACAAGCGAACGAUUGUUAUCCUGUCUGUGCUUGUCGCGUUGCUGGCAGCUGCGGUCGUCGGGUUGGCCACGGCGGCUGGGUUACUCGCGAAGAGGGUGAAUGAGGCGGAGGCGGAGGUGGCUGCUGCUGCUGCUGCGACAACGGGGGGCAAUACAGCGACGAGUGAAGGAGUUUGUGUGGGGGCGAGUGAUGGAACUGGAACUGGGACAACAGGGGAUGUGGCGACGACGACGGUUACGACGACGGUGCGGGCGACGGCCACGGGAACGGCGCAGGGGUCACCGGUGGUGGAUGUGUCGAAUGGGUGCUCGGAUCGGGAUGAGAGGAUUUCGGGGACGAAUUAUAAGACACAGAUCUUCCAUCAAAAAACCUUCACGCGCUACUGCAACUCCCAACCCAAAGCCUUCCCCAUCUACGGCAUGCUGACCCUCGACUUCGAAGCCUGCAUGGACGCCUGCGCGGCCUGGUCAGACCACCCGGAGAUCCUGGGCCCCGGCAACACCAACGCGACCUGCGGCGGCGUGCGGUUUGUUCCUGCCUGGACAGACCGCGCGGUCGCGUACAAGUCGAAUGCGCGCGGGAACUGUUUCUUGCAGGCGGCGCCGCAGACGACUAAGGAUUUGAUGAAGCCGGAUUUGACGGAUCGUGUGACGUGCCACGCGGCGAUUUUGGUGAAGUAA